AUGUCGCUCGGUGCUGGGGUUGGUGAUAUUCUGGCCUGCGCAAGUCUUGCUUAUAAGCUUUACCAGGAGCUGUUCGAAAUGAACGGUGUCUCUGAAGAAUAUCGAGCUCUGACAUCGAAGCUUCUUAUUGUCCACAAACUCCUCCUUCAAGUGGAACAACUCAGAGCGGCUAAUCAGCUCGCUCAGUCAACCUUGAAUGCCAUUCGCUUCUUGACGAGUCGGAUGGGUGAGGCAAUUGACGAGUUUCCAACCAAAUUAGAAACACAUAGUCGAGCAUCUCAAGCUGGAGAAUAUGGAAUAGCUUUGAAGAAUAUUUUCUCAAAGGGUAAAUCAUCUUUGACAAUAAUACAUGAGGCUUCGAGGCUAUCUAGCAUCCUUCAUCCUAACUUAUUGUCUCUGAGUAGCCUUUUGCGAAUGGCUUGCUAUUCCAACUCUGACGAUAAAUCUCGGUAUAACGCAAGUUAUACCCCGAGAUGGAUCGAUGAAAGGUCUGGAUUUCCGAAUGUCAGACUAAGCGCAAUUAUCACUAAAAAAGAGACAUGUUGUGCAAGACCUAAUUUUGAAAAAGUGCCUAGUCCUACUACCUUCUUCAGACCUGGGCGGGUAUUUACGGUAGCCAUACGAGGUAUAUUGACAGCCGCGGGAGAUGGAGACAUUGACUACACACAUCUCCCCUUGGAAUGGACUCCAUUAGACUCCAUUCUAGACCCGUCUGAACGUGAGAAGGAACGACUUUCCCGACAGAAGAGGAAUUACGAGGCGGUUAUAAAGCUUCCCUUAGCAGCAAUGUUCCAAUAUGGCGGCGUGCAAAAGAAUGGACAAGUUCAAUGUCAUCUGUGCCCAGGCGACGUUCAAUUCCCAAAGGACUUUUGGGUUGACAGACACUUCAGAAUGUAUCACCACGAGACGUUUAAAGGACUGCACGAUGUAUCAAGUCUCCACGAAAGAAGUGACUAUAUUUGUCCAAAUGAGAUAAGCGCCAGUCGUCCUAUUCUGUCUGAGUCGGAAGUUGAAGAAUUGACCGCCAACGAAUAUAACCUUCCCACCUGGGGUAUGGAUCCCUGGGUAGGAGCCAUUACCAUCCGCCGUUUCGUGGUCGUCCAGCAGGGUACUAAAACCUGCCUCUGUCUGGGUAUACAUGCUUACUCUGGAAGAGGGUGUUCCGAUCAACCUGAUCAGGAGCUGUUUGCUAUACUCCACUCGUUGAAGCACAUCCCCUAUCCAUUGCCAGAAGAAACGAGAAUGGGCAUCCAGCCUUUACGCCUAAAGCCUGAGCAUCCAUCAACAGUAUUACCCAGCACCGCCCGUAUUCACUUCGGCCGCGUUUAUGAGAUCAAGCACGAUGUGGAGCUGAAGAACAUUGGCCUGAUCCAUAGCUCAUCCAUGGAUAUACUCUCGUCACAAUUCGAAUCUCAUUGUCCGAUAGAUACUCCGAAUGGUCUAGGAGCUUCACAGGACAAGGAUCAAGCAGGUACAUCUGCAGAUGACACACUGUGA